AUGGUCCACUUCGCAUACAGCCACAUAGCCUUCUUCACCCUGUUGGCACUUACAGCCAUAAAUUCAGGCGAGUCGACGAGUAAAGAUGCAAUUUCAGCGAGACUUGCUAAAAUCAAGGGAGAAAUACCCGGAAUCAUUACGGCUAUAAAAAAUUCAGAAGUGAAAGUGAAAAAUGCUACAGACAUCAUUCUCAAAAAAAAACCACACUUACAAGGAGACAUGAAAAAGUUUACGGACUGCCUGGAAUAUGCAUACAAGUACUAUUGGGGAUUCAAGGCAUUUAAUAAUACGCUUAACUUUUUUCCCGAAGAUAUAACACGAUUCAUGUCAGCAGAAUUUCAAUUAUACAAUCACAAGCACAUGCUUACUAUUAAAAUUUGUGAGUUCAUUUUCUCUGUAUGAUUAAACUCCACAAUCAACAAUUUCUAUGCAAAAACAAUAUAAAGGCAGUGCUGUGAUUGUGAGAAUAGUCAAUCCCUGUCCUAUAUUAGUUAGUUAUCAGAAGAACUCAGUAAUAGACCACAAUCCCUUUCGCUGGUCAAUUCAAAUACUUCACAAUCUGUUUUAUCAUUACUAGAUGGGAAAAUUCUGAACGAAAACCUAUUGAAGGGGUUGUGAGGAAAUUGAGGAGAAGUUCCACGAUGAAUUUCAAAUGUUGGCGUAACACUGAAUACAUGUAGACUGUAGUAGCUUUCGUAAAUAUUUCAUUUUUAAUUUAAAUUAAAUAAAUCACUUUUCUGCU